CGCAGCAAAGGCACCCUAUCUGGCCAAAUUUAAAGUGAAACGAUGUGGAGUUAGUGAGCUUGAAAAAGAAGGUCUGCGUUGUCGUUCUGAUUCCAUCGAUGAAAGUGCAGAAGAAGGGGUGGACAGCAAGAAAAUCUGUUGGCAGGCAGCUAUCUUCAAAGUGGGCGAUGACUGCAGACAGGACAUGUUGGCUUUACAAAUCAUCGAUCUUUUCAAGAACAUAUUUCAGCUGGUGGGCCUGGAUCUCUUUGUGUUUCCAUACAGAGUGGUGGCCACAGCUCCUGGGUGUGGUGUUAUAGAGUGCAUUCCUGACUGCACAUCCCGUGACCAGCUGGGCAGGCAGACAGACUUUGGGAUGUAUGAUUACUUUACAAGACAAUAUGGAGAUGAGACUACCCUUGCAUUCCAGAAGGCUCGCUAUAAUUUCAUCCGCAGUAUGGCUGCCUACAGCCUUCUCCUGUUUCUGCUCCAGAUUAAAGACAGGCAUAAUGGCAACAUCAUGCUGGACAAAAAAGGACACAUCAUUCAUAUUGAUUUUGGAUUCAUGUUUGAAAGCUCACCUGGUGGAAACCUGGGCUGGGAGCCUGACAUUAAGCUGACUGAUGAGAUGGUGAUGAUAAUGGGAGGAAAAAUGGAGGCAACACCAUUCAAAUGGUUCAUGGAGAUGUGUGUCAGAGGCUAUCUGGCAGUCAGGCCUUACAUGGAUGCUGUGGUCUCACUGGUGACACUGAUGUUGGAUACAGGGCUGCCUUGUUUCCGAGGGCAGACAAUCAAGCUGUUGAAACACAGGUUCAGCCCCAACAUGACUGAACGGGAGGCCGCAACUUUCAUCAUCAAGAUCAUCCAGAAUUGUUUCCUCAGCAACAGGAGUAGGACAUAUGACAUGAUCCAGUACUACCAGAAUGACAUCCCAUACUGAGUCACACUAGAGAUUCACUGCCGAAGUGAAACGUGCAAUCCCUAUGCCCUCACUCUAAACUGGUGAUAAAUAGGAGAUGUUCUGUCACACCUCACUCUUCCACCCUCUGUGUAUGUGUGUGGGUACAUGUUUCCUGGACAUUGCAACAAUCAGUCUGAUCCAUUCCUUUCUCUACACCAGGUUAUAUAUAUUUCUGUUCUUCCUUGGAUUUUUGGAGUUGGGUUGCAAUCAUAAAAAUUGUACUAUGAUUAUGAAUGUGUGAAAAAGCUAAAGCUUGAGGAGUUUGAUAGAUUUUUCAUGCAAUGCAAGGAUUUUGUAAUACCUUUAAAAAGUCAGUAAAACCCUUUCCUGCACAAUCCCACAGAAUGCCAUGGAAGGGAAGGGUAUGGGUUUCCCUUUGGAAGGAGAAAUGUUAACUUAUUCCAGUUUUACUGUAGAAAAAGUCUGAUAAUCAUCUAAGGUGGUGAUGUCUGUGUAGCUGUGUUCAUACUUUGCACUGUACAUUGUCCCUGCUACAUGGUCAGUAUUUCAUAUGUACAUGAAGAAUGUAUUUUUUCCUUUUGUGUGUUUUAAAACAGAGACUCUACUGAGGAUAUAUUUAAUCUAUAAAAUGUAAUAAAAGACCUUAGACUUUGUGUCUGUUCCAAA